GUUGGCUGGAGCUUGGUAAUGAGAGAGAAAAUGUGGUUGCCUAGUGACAAGGAAGGCCUCUGUUGUACACAGCCUGGACUUAUUUGGGCAGCAACUUAGGCUCCAGGCAGGUAUGAACUAUGUCUUUUAUGCUGAAAUGCUCAGAAAAUGAUACAGAGUGAUUCUCAAAACCAGAUUGCUUCUGAUGAAAUAAUUAAAGAGUUGUGUACAAGUAAUGGAUUGGCUUAUGAAAGACUUGAGCAAGAAGGACCUUCAACACAAAACUUGGAAAUGUUUUUCUCAGGCUACCCCAGAAUAGUAGGCCUGUCUCAUUUUCCUAGUUUAACAAAACUAACUCUGGUUAGGCAGCACAUCCAGUGGAUUUCUGAUUUAGAGAACUGUCCGUUUCUUAAAGAAUUAUGGAUAGCUGAAUGCUGUUUGACAAAAAUUGCUGGUUUGGAAAAAUGUGUUAUUUUGCAAAAACUUUACCUGUAUUGCAAUAUGAUUUCGAUCAUUGAAAAUCUGGAAAUGCUACAAAAAUUGGAGAUACUUUGGCUUAAUGGGAACCAGAUUAAAGAAAUACAGGGGCUGACUUCAUUGAAGAGACUGAAAGAACUCAAUCUUGCAGAUAACAAUAUUAGUAAAAUUGGAAACCGCUUGGAUCCAAGUGAAAGUAUUGAAAAAUUAAAUUUGUCUGGUAACAGAAUAUGCUCAUUUAAAGAAAUUACCAAUUUGGCAAGAUUACCUUGUUUAACAGACCUGUGUUUGAGUGACCCCCAGUAUGAAGCCAACCCUGUCUGUCAUCUUUGCAAUUAUGCAACACAUGUGCUAUAUCACAUUCCUUUGCUUCAAAGGCUUGAUACUUACGAUGUAUCUUCUACACAAAUAAAAGAGCUGGCAGAGACAACUGUGAUGAAAAAAGUGAUGUACUACAAUAUGCGAAUCAAGAGUGUUCACAGACAACUGAAUGAGGAGGUUGAAAAGCUAAAUGAAAGAAAGAACAAACUACAGAAAUUGCCAGAAGAUCGUCUUAAACAUUUCAGCUGCUAUGUGAAACAUGUAAGAAACCCAGCCACCACCAAACUAGAACGUGAAUUAAUGGAACUUCAAGCAAGUGGUAGAAUACAAGCUAGUAAAGUUUCUUCAAGCUGGAACUUUGAAUAUGAAAAAUCAGAUGGGGAUGUUGAGAGUCCAGAUGAGACCUCAGAGGAAUCCAGUCUGGAGCAACUAUUUCUACUUAAAUUAGAUGCUCUCAAAAGAAGAAUAAAUUUCUGGAACAAGAAACUGCAGGAAAUUGAAACUAUUUAUCAAGUGGAAGUCAAGAAGAAGAAGAAAACCAGCAAUUUGGCAGUACAGUUUUUGCUUACUGAACUGGAAUCUGUGGGAAACACACGAUUUGAAGAGGGCUCACCAAAUGAUGUUUGGUUUAAUUCAUGCUAUGAAUUAAUUUUAUCCCGAUUUUGUGCCUGGGACUUCAAAGCGUAUGGCAUCACUGCAUUGAAAGUAAAUCGUGUCAUUAGGGUAUAUAAUCGGAUUUUGAGGCUGAAUUUUGAAGAGAAAUUCCAAAACUUUUUGGAUAAAGAAGAGUUAAAUGAAUCCAUAAACUUCAAGAAGAUAUUGGAGUACCUCUUCUAUGUAUCUCCCCCUGAAAUAGCCUUAAAAAAAAAGCAAUUAAUCCAACUUAUGGAAGAAGGUUUUCAGGAAGCAAAAACAGAAAAUGGAGUCCUUUUACUCUCAAACAGUCUAAAUAUCUGUGAACAUCCAAGAAUUGAAAAUCUACAAAAACAAUCCGGAAGUAAAGGAGAUUUUGAGGAGUCAAUCAGAUAUGGGAAACUUAUAAUUGCCAAAGUCUUUCUUGGGCAUAGUGCUGGAGCCUUUGAUUCAGAUCCAGUCACCCCAGCCAGCUAUCCUGGUAUCGAUAGUGUAUACAAGCCUCGCAGAUCAUCUCAAAACAGCCCUCAUACAUCCAACAACAGGACUGUGGAACCAGACAAAGCCAAAUCUUCUGAAACGUGUUCUUCUGUGGAAUACAAAAAUUGUGACUGUAGCCUCCGACAGUGCGAGUGGUUUGUGUUUGAUCAUGAGCUUGUUUUGCCAGAGUACGUCAUUGAAUUUGAGUACGUCACACAGGUCAAAGUAGAGGCUUUGUUCUCCUCACCCAGCAAUGUGAUUGGGGAGGAUGGAAGGCGAAAUUUAGCAGGCUUUGUGUUUUCUCGGGAUCUCCAACAUGAUGAUGAAGUGUUAAGCAUGGAGCCAAUAAUUAAGCCCAAGCCCAAAAUUAUUUGCUUGGAUGAAAAAACUGUGAUGGCAAUCUCAAAGGCCAACAUUUAUAGUCAGAUUAUUGUUCUAAAUCUACAUGGAAACCGGCUUACCAAACUCAGAGAUAUCUCCAGACUCACUGGACUUCGCAAGCUUAUUAUCAGUUUUAAUGAAUUUACUUGUUUAGAUGAGGUUUACCACUUGCCCAACCUGGAAUAUUUUGAUGCCAGCCAUAACCAUGUCAUAACUCUUGAAGGCAUUAGAGGAUUAAACAAGCUGAAGUAUUUGGACUUGAGCUGGAAUCAGCUGAAAAAGUCAGCAGAAGAAAUUGGCGUUUUACGUAAACAUACACCAAUGUUGCUCAGUUUGGAUAUCAGGCAUAAUCAGUGGCAUAAGCCAGCCUCUAUGCGCCUGAGUGUGAUUGGUCAGUUGAGAGCUCUGAGGCACCUUGAUGGAAUUUUGAUUACUGGGGAAGAAGCAGCAGCUGCUAUUCAAUAUAUAGCAGACUCCAAAAUCACCGAGAUGUCUCUGAUAGAGUAUUCUCGGACAGAUCAGGAGAAGCUGCAUGUCCUUAGUAUCUUGCCGUAUGCCAAAAUCUUGAGUCAGAUAAGCAAUAACAAAGUGGAUGUAUUUCAGAACAACUGGCAUUCUAGUAUUACUGUGUUAGAUCUGGAUAGCCAGCAUCUCUGCAAAAUCAGUGGGUUAGAACAAUUAGAGAAUUUGCGAUGGGCAUCAUUCAGCAACAAUAAUCUCACUAAAAUAGAAGGUUUAGAUCGUUGCCUUAAUCUGGAGGAACUCACAUUAGAUGGAAACUGCAUUGUAAACCUUGAAGGUAUUUCAAAACUCUCCAAACUCAUGCGACUGAGUGCCAACAAUAAUCAUCUCACCAGCCUGGAGAGAAAUGUCUUCGAUAAUCUGUCGCACCUCCAUUAUCUCUCUCUUGAAAACAACCGUAUCACAUCAUUAGGAGGUUUACAAAAGGCCUAUGCACUCAUUGAACUCUACAUAAGCAACAAUUACGUGUCUUCAAACCAAGAAAUAUAUCAGUUAAAGGGGUUAAAUAGUCUGGCUAUACUGGAUUUUUAUGGAAAUCUGAUUGUUUGGAAGCAAGAAAAUUACCGCCUUUUUGUCAUUUUUCAUAUUCCUUCUCUGAAAGCCUUGGAUGGCGUUGCUGUGGAAGCAACUGAAGUAGAAAAUGCGAAAGAUCAGUUUGGUGGCAAACUUAAUGCUGAUAUGGUGGCAGAAAGACUGGGCCAUUCAAACUUCAGCAAAAUGCAAGAAUUAAACUGGACAGCCUCUAUGAUCAGAAUGGUGGAUCUUGUGCCAGCAGACCAGUUUAAAAAUAUCACUAGUGUGAAUUUACAGAACAAUAAUCUUACCUCUUUCAGUGGUUUGAUCUUCCUACCCAAUGUUAAGGUUCUCUGCCUCAAUUACAAUCACAUUGAGUCCAUUCUCCCAAGACAAAAGCCUUCCAAUCACUUAACAAACAGACAGUUGCUACAUCAGAAAGUGAUGUCCAGUGGAUAUGGACAGCAAGGGGCUUCAAAAAGCAACAGGGAUGCAGGAGUCAGUGAAAGCUUGCCUCCAAUAAUGGAGAGUUUAGAAGUUCUCCAUUUGGGCUAUAAUGGAAUUACAAAUUUGGUCUUGUUACAGAUUAGUAGGCUAAAGAAUCUGAAGUUUUUGUUUUUACAGGGAAAUGAAAUCAGCCACAUUGAAGGACUCGAAGGCCUGCAGAUUUUGCAGGAAUUGGUGCUGGAUCAUAACAAAAUUAAAAUUAUCGGUGAGAAUUGUUUUGCCAAACAGAGCUCCUUGCUGGCUCUCCACUUGGAGGAAAAUCGUCUGCGUGAACUCAACAAUUUGCUUCCCUUGGUGAAACUACAGAAGCUUUUCCUCGGCCUCAACAGAAUUCAGGAUUUGGUCGAACUUGAAAAACUUGAAUAUCUUCCUUGUAUUAAAGAACUUUCAAUAUACGGAAAUCCAGUAUCACGUAAGAUUUGUCACCGCCCCCUCCUUAUAUUUCGCUUACCUAACCUUCAGGUUUUGGAUGGCAUAACAGUUAGCCCAGAAGAGAGGGCAAGAGCUGAAUUCCAUUUACUAGAACAGCAAGAAUCCAUACUUGAUGGUACCUUGUCACCCAGAGGCAACCAAGUUCUUCCUUCAGCCAAUUCUCCAAUAGAGUGUGGAUUUCCUGGGCUGUUAUCUUCUUUCUCCAAAGCAUGUCCCUUGAAGAUUGCCAAUAUGAGUCUUCCAGGAACAAUUACCCAUGCAUAUGUGACUGACUUUGGUUUUCCCUAUACUAUUGAUGAAGUGAAUGGAAGCGAGGCUAACAAAAGUAGGAAACCAAAGAACACAGCCCCGGGAUUGUGUAGUUCUCGGAGCAUUCAUGCUGAAUUAGCCAUGAGGCAAGCCAAAAGUACAUUGGGUAACUUUCCAAGUCAUGGGACCUCAUAGAUCAUCCUUGCUAAAUAAUAAUAUCGGACAGUAGCAAAUCUGAAAAAAAGUUUCAAUAUAGGAACAAAUGAAUCAUAGUCCUGACAUCAGUAUAAAAAAUUACUUUUUUCAGUUUAAAAAAAUAAUUUCAUAUGCAUUCAUACUUUCCCACAUAUUUUUCUGACUUAGACCAAAAUGAAUAAAUUAUCGAUUUCUUAAAGUUGAUUAUAUAAGAUUAUUUUAUAUUUUUAUUCAGAAUAUAAUAUAUCAUCUUGAAUCAAACAUGGCAGUAGAUUUGCUCAUUUUUUAAAACAACUUACAACUUCCAAACAGCUGCUUCCCAAGAGUUAACUCCAAAAAUGGAAGCUUUUACAGUUUGUUUACAGCAAGUUGAACAGCUGGGAAGUGAGGGAUUCCAUCUACAUUCACAGCUUGCUGUAGCCUGUGUGGACAUAAGAAGCAGCCAGUGCUCAUUGUCAGUUUAAGUGCCCUACAUCUCAGAGUUGGGAAAAUAUAUGGAUUUCCUCAUAAUUUUACUUUUUAAAAUAAAAAGAGUUUAGGAGAGUAGCUUUGAACAGGCUUACUCUAGGACGAUAACAUGUUAAGUUGCUAAGACUACUCUAUUACUAUAACAGUAAAGUCUUGUAAGUAUUCUAAAAACAUUUAUUAGGAGAUAAACUAUUAUAGGAUAGAAUUCCCAUCAAUCAGAUUUGUAUUUUUUAUAUUCUCUCUAAUCUUACUAUUUGCUGUCUGUCUGUCUGUCUGUCUGUCUCUAUCUAUAGUUCAGGGUAAUAUUCAGAGCAGCUGAUGAAAACUAUUCUACAAAAGCUUAUGUCACAACAAAUUUUGUCUUUACAGUGCUACAAUACAUUUUCAUUUUGCUGCAGUGAAAUUACAGAACUUUGCCUCUUGAAAUUACUGGAGACAAUUUGAGUGCCAGACUGAGGAAUUCUGGUAUACAUAAAAACGUAACACCUAAUACUUGUGUGCAUUUGAAUUUCCAUCCAACUAUACUGUAAACUGUAAAUCAGUUUUAUUUGCUAAUGGAAAGAAAAAAGUCCACUACAAACCAUGAUUUUCCAGAUGUAACAUGAUGUUGCUAAUAGAAAUGUUCUCUAUUUCAUUGUAUUAGCAGGGUGCUUUCUUUUUCAUGUCACUAUAUGAUUCCUGUAUUGUGUAGGUUUGAGUAGAAACACAUUCUUUUUGAGUUGAGCAGGAAAACAAGAGAUCCAAAAUUAUGAAAUUAUAUGUUAUAGAACGAACUGACUGAAUGAUUUUUUUAAAAAAAAUAUUUUUGGCUUUUGAGAAGUAAUAGUUGUAAAGAAAAAAAUAUAAUAUUCCCAUCAAUUCCUAUAAUAUGUGCAAUUGAGAAGAGUUGGAAAAUGUCCAUGUACCAUAUGUUGGAAUCUCAUUUGUGGAUUAAAUCAAAGCAGUAUGAUUUCUAAAGAGAAGGCUUGUAUGAAAUGAUUACUAUAAAAUAGUAACAUCUCCAGACAUAAUGACUCAAAUGAAUCAUGUUUGGCAUUUCACAAAAAGAAAAAUAUGUUAAUUUGUUUUAGAGAACGUGAAGAAAGAGCUUACAUAUCUGCUGCAGGAUGAAGCCUGCCAGAAAAGCAAACAAAAUAACCCGUCAAAGGGUACAUUGCCAUACUGGAAAUGAUUCUGUGGGUGGGUUUACACAUUAAACCCUAAUUUUGACAAAAAGUUUGGAGUUUUCACAAAUCAUUGAGUUCACACAACAGGCUGAACUAAAAAAUACCCAAGUUUCAUUUUAUCCUGGUUUAACAUGUUCCAGUUACAUUUCAAUGAGAAGAAGAGGUACCGUAUGAGGUAGAGGAAUGUUUCAGUAUAAACUCAAGGAGAGAUUACAGCUGUGAGCAUCUUUACAUUUGAUCUUAGGCAAAAGAAUUGAUGGAACAUAUCGUUGUAUUAGAGAUCCCGAUAUAAGGAAACAUUUGGCAACCAGUAGGCAGAGAAAGAACUAACCAAUUUGCCCCUCUUCUCAUGGCUUAUUACUCUGUCAAUUCCCGUGGUUUAUAUAUAUUUAAAAUUGUUUCUUUUGUGCACAAUUCACCUAGGCCAUAAGUCUCAAAUCAAACACAUCAUGUUGGUUAUUUAUUUACUAGUGUUCAAGGGUGGCGUGAGUAAAGCUCAUCAAUGCUGACAUCUGCCUGAAGGCCUCCAGGGCAAGCAGAUUCUUCCUAUGAGCCUCCAGUUUAAUAGGCCACAUGACUAGGAUUGUAUGCCAGAUCUUGGGAUCUUCCGGGAAAUUAAAAUGAUUGCUCUCAGGAACCUCUGGGUGGUUGAUACUGUAGUCAGGAAGUUCAUUUUAUCCAAAGCACCUUCAGAACUAAGUAUGUUUAAAAGCGUUUAUGAAGUCACAUGUUUAUUCUUAAAAUGUAGUUUAUUUAAUGCCUUGAAAUUAAACUUAAAUAAAACAGCCAUGAACUGACUUCAUUACAAAUGUACAACCAUAUUAUUCUUAAAAUAAUUAAAAAUAAUUACAAUAAAAUAUAAUACUUUCUGUUAAAAAUGAAAAGGAACUGAAGUAUUGCUGACCCGUUUUUAAAUCUGGCAGCUCAUCCUACUACAUUUUUAUUUUCAGUAUUAAUCAAAGGUGGAAAAUGAAAGAACUAAAUCAUAAUUUUCUCUAAUACAUAACAUUUUAAAAAUCUGUCUGCUGACCUUUCUGUCAAUAACCAUUUUUUAUCUAGAGCUACAUGCUACAUCAGUAUAAUAACUAUUGAUAAAUAAAGGGAGAUACUGACAAAAUGUAAUUUCAAAUUCCAGAAAUCACAGGGUUGGGAAAGGUGCAAUAGCUGGAAGGAAAGAGAGAAGCUAUAGUUUUUAAUACAAGCAGAUCCUUUUAAUGGAAAGGUUUACUCAAAAAGAUCUACCAACCAAUAAUUUUACUUGGUAUAUGAAAAUGUGUUUCUCAUAAUAUUUUAUUUACUCUUUUCCAUUUAAAAAAAACUCAAGGCAAAAUGUAUACAGGACACAAUACAAAAUAUUAAUCGUGAAUAAUUUGCCUUGAGCUAACAUGCAUUUUACCUAAGAAAAAGAAAAGGACCGCAAUAUUUCAACUGUAUUCUCUCAGUAGGACAUUCCAUGGAUGGGAUACAAGGCACAAUGUCUGCUAGAAUGGAAUUAAACCCAAACAAGCUGCCCUGCAUGUAUGGGCUUCAGAUCCCAUUGUUCCCUGAAUGUGUAACCAGGCUGUACAGGGAAGGGGUGGGGGUGUUGCUUUCUGAGUCUCCUCUGUUAAGUGUUCACUCCAUAUUCAAAGCCAACAUUUUUAUCUUUGUUUUCUUCAUCAUAAAUGAAGAUACGUAAGAAGCACCCUGCUUCUAAAACAUCGAAGCUCUUUUAAGCAGCAAGGGCAUGACUGGCAUUGAGGAGCUGGAACAGAGAGUCCUGGGAAAAGGGAACUCAGGGGAGAAACUGGAAGAUGAGCACCUAAGAACAUAUAGUACGGUUAUGUAUCUUAUCCAGGGUUUCAUUAACCCUGACCAGGAAAAUCACCAAA